UGGAAUUUGGUCUCAAAACUUCUUGUUGGAAGGAACACGUCAAAAUUUUGUCGUCAUAGAUUUUAUUCGUGUAAUAUUUUUUUCUGUGCAAAUAAAAGUGAAUUUUUAAUUUGUUUUAUUUUACAUCCAUCUAAUAAGUUUCAUAAAAUAAAUUAAUAAAAAUUCCACACAAGCAAUGACAUCCUCAGGGCCAACAAAGCAGGAAAUUGAAUCAGUUUUCGGACGACUUCGUUCCCAGGCUGCGAACAAAUCCUGCUUUGAUUGUGGAGCCAAAGCGCCCACUUGGUCAUCGGUCACCUAUGGGAUUUUCAUUUGCAUCGAUUGUUCAGCAGUCCAUCGCAACCUUGGCGUACAUUUGACGUUCGUUCGCUCCACAAAUCUCGACACGAACUGGACGUGGCUGCAGUUGCGUCAGAUGCAAUUGGGUGGCAAUGCCAAUGCCUCCCAAUUCUUCAGACAGCACAAUUGCAACACCACAGACGCCCAACAGAAAUACAAUUCACGGGCGGCCCAGUUGUAUCGGGAUAAGUUGCAAAAGUUGGCCCAGAAUGCCAUGAAACAGCAUGGAACAAAGUUGCACUUGGAACAGGAAAAGGCAGAGAAUGAGGUAACUAAGAACGAAGAAGAGGACUUCUUCACGCUCUGCGAAGAGAAUAGUUUUGAAACAACCACGCUGAAUCAGAAAAACAAUAAUAGCAACGAUCAAAUGUCUAAGAUUGAUAUAACCCCGAAGCCAGCAGCAUUAACAAAUGUGGGAGAACCCAGUGUUGACCUACUGAAUUCUUGUUUGACCAAUAAUGGUCCAGCGCCAGCAAUCGGCGCUCGUAAAAUCCAACCCAAGAAAACUGGAAUUGGAGCACGUAAAGGAGGCCUUGGUGCAACAAAAGUGAAGACCAACUUUGCCGAAAUCGAACAAAGAGCCAAUUUGGCAAAUCAGUUCAAAGAACCAGUGCCUGAGAAGAAACUCACUGUGGAGGAGGAGAUAGAAUCAUGCGCCAAUGUUCGAUUAGCUUAUCAGGAUCUGUCGCUAAAACAGUCGAAGGAGGAAGCCAAGAUGAAGACCACUGAUCCACUAAAGGCAAAGCAAAUGGAAAGACUCGGAAUGGGAUUCAAUUUAAGGGGUUCGGAUGUUUCUCACUCCGCUCUCAGUGACAUGGAAACGAUUUCUCAGACUGCUGCUCCGAAAUCAUCAUCAUCAUCGUCUGGCAGCAAGUCGGCAUUCGAUCGUGAGGUCAACAGUGAUUCCUUCGACUCGUUGUUGGGCUAUCCCCCAUCGAUGUACAAAACUUCAAAGCAGGACAAAGAACUCGAGAUGAUGGGCUUCGAAUCGAUCGAGCCCAUAGAUUCACACCAUUCCAAUAUCACAUCAAUGUUUGCUAGCCAAUCGGCGAACAACAGCAGCACGACAAAUAAGCCACUCUCAUCGUCGGGCAAUGACAAAUCGGCAGCUCCAGUACGUAAGCCUUUCGGCUCUGCCAAGAUGACAGCAGCAGCGUCAGUUGAUUCGAACGACGAACGAGCUCAAAAGAAAUUUGGAAGUGCCAAGGGCAUUUCGUCGGACCAAUUCUUCGGAAACGAACAGAGUUCCAGUGAGGUUUCGUCAAAUUUGUCCCGCUUCCAGGGAUCCAAUAGCAUUUCUUCGUCUGAUUAUUUUAAUGAUGGCUCCUCAUCGACGACAUCCAACCGAUCUUCCAGGAGAGGCUAUACCACAGCCGCUAACUUCAAUGCGCCCGAUAUGGACGACGUUAAAGAGAGUGUACGACAAGGAGUAACCAAGGUUGCCGGUCGUUUGAGUAACUUAGCCAAUGAUGUUAUGUCGUCGUUACAGGACAAAUACGGAUACUGAUACUUUUCUAAUUUCCUCCGAAUUCAUUUUCCAAUUUGUUACUAGAUUUCUUUUUUUUUUAAUCUGUUUUGGUUUUAAAUUAAAUAAUUGAAUUUUUUAAAAUACGAAUCGAAAUGAGAGCAAGACACCACAUUUAUUAAACAAACAAAAAUAUUAUUAUAAAUAUAUAUAUAUAAAACAAAGUAGUAAACAAAUAUUUAAUAUUGCAUAUAGACCAACAAAAAUUAUCAAAAACAAAAAAAAGUUAUAACGGAAAAAGAAAUAAGAAACAAGAAACAAGAAACAAGAAGAAAACCAGAACAACUGAUAGCGGGUGAUUUUAAAUUAGUUAAAUAUUCAUUAAAAGAUGUUGUUUUUUCAUUGUUUUUGCUCUGUGUAAGCUUUUCGUCAGUUUGUUUUGCCACAAUAGAAAGUCAUUGAAUCUUUAUAAACAUAACUAUUUUCUUUUUUCUUUCUAAAAAUAAAAGAAUUAUGUAUACAAAAUUCCAAAAAAUAAUAAAAAAAAUAAAUAAAGCUUAGCGCAUUCAAUUAUAAAUUA